UGACUUUGAAUUAAAAAAAAAAACAAUCAUUUUCUGAUUGCAUUUGUCAUUUCAACAAGAACAUGUGCUUUUGCUGUCAUCGCUGCUCACAUCCUGCACUCACUGCUGCAGGGGACGUGUUAUCAUGGGCCUAAAUCCUCACUACGCUGCAAGACCAGGUGUAGGCGAUGCUUGAUGGUAAUCUUCAGGCCAUGUGCACAGGCUUCUGCUGAGUUGCAAACCUGUGGAUUAAGGAACAAGCUUUAAAAGUGGCUCCGCAUUCCCCUGCUACCUCCCUUCUUUUGUCCUCGUUCAUUCUCUGCUGCUGGAACCGCAACAAACACUAACCGGGCACAAUGAACCAGAAGGUGGUACUCAUCACGGGCUGCUCCUCCGGCAUUGGCCUGGCUUUGGCUGCCCGCAUCGCAAAAGAUGAGAAGAAGAGAUUCAUGGUCUAUGCCACCAUGAGGAACUUGAGUAAGGGCGAGGCGCUGGUUGAGGCAGCAGGUCGGACUCUGGGCAGGACUCUGGAGAUCAAGCAGCUGGACGUUUGUGACGAAGCCUCCAUCAAAGCCUGCGUGGACAGUCUGCCUGAGCGCAGGGUGGACAUCCUCAUAAGUAACGCUGGGAUGGGUCUGAUUGGACCCAUCGAGUGUCAGUCUAUUGAUGAGAUGAAGACUGUCAUGGACACCAACUUCUUUGGGCUUGUGCGACUGCUGAAGGAACUCCUACCUGACAUGAAGCGAAGGAAAAAAGGACAUAUUGUGGUCAUCAGCAGUGUCAUGGGCAUUCAGGGAAUUUUAUUCAAUGAUGUCUAUGCAGCAUCCAAGUUUGCAGUGGAAGGCUUUUGUGAGAGCUUAGCAGUACAAGCUCUGAGGUUUAAUCUGAACAUCAGCCUGAUAGAACCAGGUCCAGUGAUAACAGAGUUUGAGCGGAAGGUUUAUGAUGAAGGCCUGAAGACUGAUCUGAGCAAAGCUGACAAAGUGACGGCCGACAUGUUCACCAACAUCUACUUAAAGAACUACAAACAAAUCUUUGAAACCCUUGGCCAGACACCUGAAGACAUAGCAGAGCAUACUUUCAAGAUCAUCACCAUGGAGGAUCCUCCGUUCCGUCAUCAGACAAACACUCUCUACACCCCCAUGACAACACUCAAGUACGCCGACCCCAACGGCGACCUUCCAAUUGAUACAUUUUACAAAAUGGUGUUUGAACACGACAAAGUUUUCAAUGCCAGCCUAAACUUCCUCAAGCUUUUGCGCUGGAGAAGUCGAAAGAGUUUUACUUUGGACAAGGACAAGAGUAACUGAGUUGUUGUUGUUGUCUUUUGUGGGACACACUUCACUUGCAUAGUUUCCUAGCAUUUGUCCUUUCAUUUAUUUUUAGCUGUAAGAUCUUUGUGCUUAAAGCUGAAACAAAUAAAAACAAAAUUAAAAGCCA